CGUGUGUAAUAUUGUGGUUUAUCUUUAAAUGCUUAUUAUUCAUUUUCUAGAUUUCAAAAUUCUACUCUUUCAUGAAACGAUAUAUCAAUGGUCGAAGAAAACAAAACCAUCGAUCAAUAAGAUAUCGAUACUAUCAAAAGUUCCAUGGAUGGUUUUGCAGCCCUACUAACAGUUGCAGUGGAAAAAAAUACAUACGAGUAAUGGGCACCAAGCAAUAUAGAUCUUCGAAUCGGAACUCAGCCGGGAAAGAAGCUCAGAUAGUGGGCUUGCUCAUUCCUAAAGUUGGCUCCAAAAGGCAGUCGACUUGUUCUUUUCCACAUCCAAUGUGGGAAAAGGGGAAGCGCGCGGGCUUUUACAUGCGCCCAUUUCCGUAUGUUCCGCAGGCGAAACUUACCCGCGUGCGUGGAAAUCCUCGCCAUGACCAAGCCCACGCUGUAAGGCGCUGUGAGCAGCAGGAGCAACAGCAUCUCACAUCCAUACGAUCACAUCUAACCGAUCAUAUCUACGCGAGUAUGAACAAACCAGUGGACGGGAGAAGCAGCAGGAACUCGUUGACUUCAGAGGAGGACGAAGAUCUUGCUGAGUGUAUUGACGAGGAGCAGGAGGAACAGCAGAUAAUAAAUGCCAUGAAUGAUGCCAUGAAUGAUCAUGCCAAAGUCGAACAGCAACAGCGGCAAUACGUCCAGUAUCUGCGACAACAGAUGGCUGCCAAAAAGAAUCGGCUCCAUCAGCAUGACCAAACCCACGCUGUAAGGCGCUGUAAGCAGCAGGAGCAACAGCAUCUCACAUUCGUACGAUCAUAUCUAACCGAUCAUAUCUACGCGAGUAUGAACAAACCAGUGGACGGGAGAAGCAGCAGGAACUCGUUGACUUCGGAGGAGGACGAAGAUCUUGCUGAGUGUAUUGACGAGGAGCAGGAGGAACAGCAGAUGAUAAAUGCCAUGAAUGAUGCCAUGAAUGAUCAUGCCAAAGUCGAACAGCAACAGCGGCAAUACGUCCAGUAUCUGCGACAACAGAUGGCUGCCAAAAAGAAUCGGCUCCAUCAGCAUGACCAAACCCACGCUGUAAGGCGCUGUGAGCAGCAGGAGCAACAGCAUCUCACAUCCGUACGAUCACAUCUAACCGAUCAUAUCUACGCGAGUAUGAACAAACCAGUGGACGGGAGAAGCAGCAGGAACUCGUUGACUUCAGAGGAGGACGAAGAUCUUGCUGAGUGUAUUGACGAGGAGCAGGAGGAACAGCAGAUAAUAAAUGCCAUGAAUGAUGCCCUGAAUGAUCAUGUCAAAGUCGAACAACAACAGAGGCAGUACGUCCAGUAUCUGCGAAAACAGAUGGCUGCCAAAAAGAAUCGGCUCCAUCAGCAUGAUGCUUCGGAUGCACCGCAAGAGAAGAGAAGCAACAACUGCAGCAAUUCUCCCACGGCCUGCAAAACGCACAUUUGCAUCAGCGGCAGCUGA